AGUCGACAUUAAAUUUCCAGACAAUAGUUUUUCCCAUUGUUGACGUCAAUGGUAUCCACGAUUUUUAUUCCAUCAAACACACACCAAAAUCGCAUUAUAUAAACCCUUCACUUUUGCAAACAAUUCACCACCAUAAAUUCUUUUCAAUAUUCCAAGAUCCCCAAUAUCAAAUUUCUCUUCUUGAACACAAAAACCCAAAUGGGUUUCUUAAUGUCUCCAUCAUCCCCAGCCGGAAAAUGGAUCGGCUUCGUCACCGCCGUAUGGGUCCAAGCCAUUGCCGGCAAUAACUACACUUUCUCCAACUAUUCCGACGCCCUUAAGUCGCUAAUGGCCCUCACUCAGCUCCAACUUAACAACCUUUCGGUUGCUAAAGACGUCGGAAAAGCUUUUGGUCUCCUCGCCGGUCUUGCUUCCGACCGGAUUUCAACCCCCGUUCUCCUUCUAAUUGGUUCAAUCGAAGGUAUCAUUGGCUAUGGCGUCCAAUGGCUCAUUGUUAGCCAAAGAAUCCAACCUCUCCCCUACUGGCAGAUGUGUAUAUUUCUAUGUAUGGGAGGAAACAGUACAACCUGGAUGAACACAGCAAUUCUCGUCACCUGCAUUCGCAACUUCCGGAAAAACAGAGGACCAGUAACCGGAAUCCUGAAAGGCUAUCUCGGCUUAAGCUCCGCCAUCUUCACCGACAUCUGCACAGCACUCUUCAACAACGAUCCAGCGCUUUUCCUCCUCAUGCUAACCGUCGUCCCGUUCAUCGUCUGCCUCACCGCCAUCGUCUUCCUCCGCGAAGUUCCUCCGUCCUCCACCGCCGCCGAAGAAAAAACCGAAUCUCGAUACUUCAACAUCUUCAACGCCGUCGCCGUCGUCAUCGCCGUUUACCUCUUAAUCUUCGACAUCACCGGCGAACACGGCACCACACUUUCACGAGCAUUCUGCAUCGUAUUACUCAUAUUAUUAGCUUCUCCAAUCGCCGUUCCGGCUUAUCUCGCCGUCCAAAACCUAAUCCGGUCAGAUCUGAAAACCCUAGAUGUUGAAGCAACCGCAAAAACCGUUACGGAAGUGACGGAACCAUUGCUUGUUGCGGAAGAAACGGUAACUGAGGCGGUUAUUGUGACGGAGGAGGUGAAGGAUUUGGUGGAGAAGGUGCCGCCGGUGAUCGGAGAAGAACACACGGUGGUUGAGGCGUUGAAGACGGUUGAUUUUUGGAUAUUGUUUGUAUCGUUCCUGUGUGGUGUGGGUACCGGUCUAGCGGUUCAGAAUAAUAUGGCUCAAAUGGGUUUAGCAGUUGGUUAUGCUGACGUGUCUAUCUUCAUUUCGUUGACGAGUAUUUGCGGGUUUUUUGGCCGGAUCGGGUCCGGGUCGAUUUCAGAGUAUUUCAUGAAGAAAGCUGGAACACCAAGGCCUGUAUGGAACGCAGCAUCUCAAAUUCUAAUGGCAGUGGGCUAUGUUCUGAUGGCCAUAGCCAUGCCGGGCUCACUCUACAUCGGGGCGAUAGUAGUCGGGAUAUGCUACGGGGUCCGCCUCGCCAUCACAGUCCCGACCACCUCCGAAAUGUUUGGGCUCAAAUACUACGGGCUGAUGUACAACAUCAUCAUCCUCAACCUCCCACUCGGGUCCUUCCUCUUUUCCGGUUUGCUUGCCGGAUACUUGUAUGACGCGGAGGCUACUCCCACGGCUGGUGGCGGCAACACCUGCAUUGGGGCACAUUGUUACCGCCUAGUGUUUACAGUAAUGGCCAUUGUGUGUGUCGUUGGGUUCGUUUUGGAUGUGUGGUUGGCGAUUAGAACCAAAGCUUUAUAUUCCAAGAUUUACACGAACCGGAAGUCUAAGAAGUCGAUGGCGGUGUCUAAUGGCCAUUGAUAGCGGUCUGGCCCGGCCCGGCCCGAGGCCGAGGGUUGAUGGGAAAGUUUCCCAGUGACAUCCUCAGCCAAAAAUACACAAAAACAGUGAAAUUUUUUCCAUUGUAAAACACUAAAAUUGUUUUUGUAGAAUUCAAAAACUAUGCUUCUGGUAUUGUAUAUGGUUGUGUUUGCGAUACCAAAAUAGGCCUGAUGGUUCUAAUCAUGCAUCAUUUUUUGGAAAUAUUGUAUGAAUAAUGUUUAUUGAUUUUUGUA